GGCGGUGGCAGCCCGAGGUCUCGCUGCGCGCAGUCUAUGACAGUACGUCAGCCGCGGGAUGGCCGUAGCUGUGGCGGCGGCUGCAGAAGCCCGAGCAGCCGCGGCCGCAGUGGAGACUAGAGCCGGAGCGGCGUCGGCGGCGGCACCCCAGGGAGUUUAAGAUGGCGGCAGGGGGGGCGGCGGGCCUGCGGGAAGAGCAGCGCUAUGGACUGUCGUGCGGACGGCUGGGGCAGGACAACAUCACCGUCUUGCAUGUGAAGCUCACCGAGACGGCGAUCCGGGCGCUCGAGACCUACCAGAGCCACAAGAACUUAAUUCCUUUUCGACCUUCAAUUCAGUUCCAAGGGCUCCAAGGGCUUGUCAAAAUUCCCAGAAAUGAUCCCAUCAAUGAAGUACAUACAUUUAACUUCUAUUUGUCAAAUGUGGGUAAAGACAACCCUCAAGGCAGCUUUGACUGCAUUCAGCAGAGAUUCUCCAGCUCUGGAGCCUCCCAGCUCAAUUGCCUGGGAUUUAUACAAGAUAAAAUUACAGUGUGUGCAACAAACGACUCGUAUCAGAUGACACGAGAAAGAAUGACCCAGGCAGAGGAGGAAUCCCGCAACCGAAGCACAAAAGUUAUUAAACCCGGUGGACCAUAUGUAGGGAAAAGAGUGCAGAUUCGGAAAGCACCUCAAGCUCUAUCAGAUGCAGUGCCUGAGAGGAAGCGGUCAACCCCCAUGAACCCUGCAAAUACAAUUCGAAAGACACACUGCAGCAGCAGUGUUUCUCAGCGGCCAUAUAGGGACAGGGUGAUUCACUUACUGGCACUGAAGGCCUACAAGAAACCUGAGCUGCUGGCUCGACUGCAGAAAGAUGGUGUCAAUCAAAAAGACAAGAACUCUCUCGGAGCAAUUCUGCAACAGGUAGCUAAUCUGAAUCCUAAGGACCUCUCGUAUACCUUAAAGGAUUAUGUUUUCAAAGAGCUUCAGAGAGAUUGGCCUGGAUACAAUGAAAUUGACAGACGUUCCUUAGAGUUUGUGCUCUCAAAAAAACUAAAUGCAUCUCAGAAUGCUGCCAGCACCAGGCGUUCAGAAUCUCCUGUAUGUUCCAGUAGAGACAUUGCUUCUUCUCCUCAGAAACGGCUUUUAGAGUCAGAGUUCAUUGAUCCUUUAAUGAAUAAAAAAGCUCGGAUAUCUCACCUAACAAAUAGAGUGCCGCCAACAUUAAAUGGUCAUUUGAAUUCCACCAGUGAAAAAUCUGCAGGCCUCCUGCCGCCCCCUGCAGCUGCUGCCAUCCCCACCGCUCCACCACUGCCUUCAAACCACCUGCCUGCCGCCAACCCUCCUCAGACUGUAGAUUCUAACUCCAAUUCCCCUAGCACUCCAGAAGGCCGGGGGACUCAAGACCUACCUGUUGACAGUUUUAGUCAAAACAGCAGUAACUGUGAGGACCAGCAAGAUAAAUAUACCUCUAGGACUUCUCUGGAAACCUUACCCUCUGAUUCAGUUCUACUAAAGUGUCCAAAGCCUAUGGAAGAAAACCAUUCAAUGUCUCACAAGAAGUCCAAAAAGAAGUCUAAAAAACACAAGGAAAAGGACCAAAUAAAGAUAAAUGACAUUGAGAUGAAUGAGGAAAAGGAAGAGGACCUUAAAGGAGAUGAGGAAAUUGCCAAGCUGAACAACUCCAGUCCAGAUUCCAGUGAAGGCGUUAAAGAGGGUUGCCCGGCCUCCAUGGAGCCGCCUUCAACAAUUGAACUCCCAGAUUAUUUGAUAAAAUAUAUCGCUAUUGUCUCCUAUGAACAACGCCAGAAUUACAAGGCUGACUUCAAUGCAGAGUAUGAUGAAUACAGGGCCUUGCAUGCCAGAAUGGAGACUGUAGCUAGAAGAUUUAUCAAACUGGAUGCACAACGAAAGCGCCUUUCUCCAGGCUCAAAAGAGUAUCAGAAUGUUCAUGAAGAAGUCUUACAAGAAUAUCAGAAGAUCAAGCAGUCUAGUCCCAAUUACCAUGAAGAAAAAUACAGAUGCGAGUAUCUUCAUAACAAGCUGGCUCAUAUCAAAAGACUGAUAGGUGAAUUUGACCAACAGCAAGCAGAGGCAUGGCACUAGAGCUCUGCUUGGACCAGAAGAUGUGAAUAAACUUAAGCUUAUUUAUUUAAAAUUCCAAAUGAGUUGCUCUAAGAUUCUAAAAAAGGAAACUUUGCCUGUUGAAAGUUUCAGUAUUUGUAAACUUGAGUUAACUAUUUUUUUUCUUUCUGUCCUCCUCCCACAACCCCUAAUUUCUUUGCCUCCCUGCAAUUUUGAAGCUGCUUUUUCUGGUCCUUCCCCGCCCCCCCCCCCCCGCCCCCCCGUCAAGACUUGUGUUUGUCAAUAGAAGUAAAUUUUUUUAGAUAUUGGGGAUCCAGUAUCUAUACUUUAAAUCAGUUUUUUUUCUUAUAAACUUGUUUGUAAUUAGCAAUGAUUUUUUUAGAUAUUGGGGAUCCAGUGUCCACACUUCAAAGUUAUGUGUGUUAAAAAACAAACCAGUAAUGUGCAAGGUGAAAUGCGUUUGGAUAAACAUAAGCCUAUUUUCUGACCUUUCUUAAUGCAAACUCUUUGCCUUAAAUGGUAGAAUAUUUAGAAAUUUGCACAAAAUACAAAAAAAAUUAAAACAUUGUAUUGGAGGGUUAAGAAAUAAAAAGGUCUACGAGUAUGUAUAUGUGUGUAGCUACACAUACACAUAUAUAUAUACAGGCUGACUUAAUCUAGAACAGUGAAGUGCCCUGCAAGUUAACCCCCCAUUGCAAUGGUUGCCUUAAGGUGUUUGCUAGUUAUGUACAUAGUGUGGUUAAUCAUUAGCUACACUGCUUCCCACCUGAUUGGAGCAACGGGAAGCACACUGUGGCCUACCAGCGUCUGAACGCGUGUGCGCGACCUGUGUGUGUGCAGAGGUGGUGUGGAUGUGAGCGUGCAUGAAGGAAAAAAAGCUGCUACUCUUAGUAGGCCAAACGCUCAGGUUAAACAACUGACGAGUGUUACUGUAGGUUUUUGUUUUUGUUCUUGUUUUUUUUUUGUCCAAUUGCUACUUCUAUUGUGAAAGACAAAAGCAUUUCCAUUUCAACUGUUUGUCAGCUUUGUCGUUGGGCAAAAUUGGUAUGUUAUGAAAAUGAAACAAAUCUAUAGUUUUGGGGCAAAAUUAUAAAAUUAAAUAUGUAGGUGAACUAUUUAUAUACUGCUAUAAAGUAUUUUUUGAGGAGAGAUGUGCAAAGAAGUUAUUACCUACAUGAAAUGUAUAUUUAAAGAUUUUUUUCUUCAUCCUGGGUGCCAGGAAUAUAAAAAAGAGUGGAUAUAUUUAACAAUAGCAUACUGUGAUUCAUCAAACAGCACAAACUUUCAGUUCAUGGAGUUUAUCUGUUGACGUUGAUUUAAACUAUCACUUGUUUUAUCAUGUGGGAACAUAAGUUAUGUCAAAAUGUAAGGAUUUUGAACUAAUGUUGAUUCAAGUUGUGUUGUCUUACCGUAUUGUCUUUUCAAAGUGCUGCCAGUUAAAAAGGGAAGCAUUAUGUUUACAAAUCUGUUUUGAAAUGUUUGCCAAAUUUUGGUAGUAUCUUUAAUAAAGAUGUUUGUCUCCAGCAUCCAAGAAAUAAAUUACUCUGUUGUGUAUCACUGUAAA